AUGGGGGAGGUGUUGCUUUUUGAUUCACAUGAGAACCCUCCUGCAAUCGGAAUGCCGGUGGCGCAUAAGCUAGGUGUAGACGUACCCGAGCGCAAAGAAUACGUAUUUGGUAUCCUUGCAAGCGACCCACCCAUUGGAAUCGUUCAAACACUGGCGUCAAUAUUAAAACACGUGGCUAUGGAAGACAGAGAGAAGAUUGGCAUUAUCGUUCUGCUGACCACCAUGUCCGAUUCUGCUAGACAAAAUAUUGAAAUGGAAAUGGUGAAGCAUUUUUCAGAGGAAAUACAAAUUGGAAUGAUGGAAAUCGUCACUGCACACCCGACCUUUUACGAAAAUAAUAUGAAGGGGCAGUCGGAUAGAUCGGUGCUGAGCUGCGCUUAUCUUAUGCAGUAUAGUCAUCAAAGAGGCGAUUUCUACAUUCAUUUGGAUGAUACCGUUAUUGCCACUAGAAGACUGUUUCCUGCGAUUGAAAACUUCCACAGAUCUGUGCGGCACAACUAUUGGAUCUCAAUUGACUUUUCUACAAUGGCAAUAUUAGGACAACUGUUCAGAUCGAGCGAAAUAUUACACGUGGCAGAAUUUUUCAUUUCGUCUAAUGCGUCUUCGUCACCUGACCGUCUACUUCAACUCUACGUGGAUUCCCAGCAACCACCGUGUCAUAUCGCGAAAAACAGACCAGUUCAGCGUCACUGUUUUCAGGAACUUGGUUUGUCGCGGGUUUUACACCGCCCAUCUUUAUUCACGCACAAUAAAAAUUUGACAAAAUCCCGAAACAAUUUAGCAGAAAAUGAAUUUCCCAACUCUCCGUUAACGUAUGAGCCAUGGCCGUGGGACGACGUUCCAAUCUACAUAAACCCUCCAGCAAAACUGAGCACCUCACUCCGCCACCAUCACAACCACAGCUUGGAGAGAGCCUACCGCUAUCUAGACUACUUUUAUGCCAUUCAGCCCAAGGCGGGGGACAUGAUUUACUACAAUUUCACGCCUCCGGUCGUGCUGGAGGAGUUUUUCAUUCAAUGUGGGAGCAAGGAGCAUCCAUGGAUUAAAUUUUCCACCUCUACGUAUGUAGACGUUCUGCCACUGCUACCCGAUAGAAUUAACUUAAAAAACGGUCCUUUCUUUAACUACGGUUUCCUAGACGACGGAUACGUUAAAGUAGCGCGUUUUGACAAUCGCGGAAAGACUGAGGGUCCACUUGGGGAUAGGUUUGGCAGGAUAGUCUCUGUUCGAAUUCGGAUAACUACAGACCACGGGGACUGGGUACCGGUGCGGCACAUGAGUUUCAAGUUACAAUUGAUACCCAGCGGGAGAAGGCCUUGCUGUGAGCCCUACUGGCCAGACCCCUUUCCCGGGGGAAUACCGGGGGUGCGAAAUGUGCGUGACUAA